UGGCCGAUCCCCGACCCAGCUUCCUACUACGUCACUCGUUAGCGUAGUUCGAUUCGGUUUAAUAAACCCAUUCUCAUUGAACUGGAGUCCCACUGUAGCGUACUAUCCUUCCGUAUUUCGUCUCAACUACCGUACACGUAAUUUGUAACUUGAAAAUGGCCCAAUGCGUAGAGUCGUCUACGGACCUUGCAAUGAAAACAGAAGAACAGACUGAAAGGAAGGUGGCCGUCAUCACCGGCAUCACUGGACAGGAUGGCUCCUACCUGGCUGAGUUCCUGUUGGAGAAAGGAUACACGGUCCACGGCGUGUUACGGAGGUCCAGCUCCUUCAACACAGGACGCAUCGAACAUCUCUACAAGAACCGGCGCACCCACUUGGAAGGCGACAUGAAGUUGCAUUAUGGUGACCUGACGGACAGUACCUGCCUGGUAAAGAUCAUCAACGAAGUAAAGCCCACAGAGAUCUACAACCUGGGAGCCCAGAGUCACGUCAAGAUCUCCUUCGACCUGGCCGAGUACACGGCCAACGUGGAUGGCGUGGGCACGCUGCGGCUGCUGGACGCCAUCAAGACGUGCGGCCUGACCAACAGCGUACGCUUCUACCAGGCCUCCACCAGUGAGCUGUAUGGCAAAGUGCAGGAGAUCCCCCAGAAGGAGACCACGCCCUUCUACCCACGUUCGCCUUACGGCGCUGCUAAACUGUAUGCCUACUGGAUCGUGGUGAACUUCCGCGAGGCCUACAACAUGUUUGCCGUCAACGGAAUCCUCUUCAACCACGAGAGCCCCAGGAGAGGAGCAAACUUUGUGACCCGUAAGAUCACCCGUUCGGUGGCGAAGAUCCACCUGGGCCUUCAGGACUGCAUCUACCUGGGCAACCUGGGAGCCAUGCGGGACUGGGGACACGCCAAGGACUAUGUGGAGGCUAUGUGGAUGAUGCUGCAGCACAAAGUACCGGAGGACUUUGUCAUCGCCACGGGGAAGGUGCACAGCGUGAGGGAUUUUGUGGAGAAGGCCUUCCAGCACGUGGGCACGACAAUUGUGUGGGAGGGUGAAAAUGAGCAGGAGGUUGGCCGUAACAAGGAGACAGGAGCCAUUCUUGUGAGAGUCGACCCCAAAUUCUUCCGCCCCACUGAAGUGGAAUACCUGCAAGGGGACAGCAGCAAGGCCCUGGAGCAUCUGGGAUGGAAGACCAAAGUCACUUUUGAGGAGCUGGUGAAAGAGAUGGUGGAUGCUGACAUGGAACUCAUGAAGAACAAUCCUAAUGCUUAAUUUUCCAAAAUAUGUUUUCAAUAUAGAAACGAUAACACACUCCAGUGGCUGCUGUCGCAAUUUUGGAAGGAUUUUAUUAUGAAUAUGGGUCACUUUACUUUUUUUAAUCGGUUUGUCCCUUUUGUGAUUUCUGUUGGUAAAUGUUAACCGUGUGAUGCCUUGGAUGCGGGUUUCUCCUUUUUUAUAUGAUGCAAGUAAUUUACUGUUAAUUAGAAAGAAUGAAGAAUUAUAUUUAUAAUCGGUGGAUGCAAUGAAUAUGGUCGAAAUAAUGAUGGGGAAACUUCUAGAUAUUCUCUUUUCUUGUAUUUAUUAUUUUAUUCGUUAUAUACAUUGAAUGUGAAUUCCAUUUUAGGAAAGUAUAUAGUGAAAGUAGCCUUCUGUAAUUUAUAGUAAAGAAGGUUAUUAUUAAGGUUAGAAAAUCAAAGAAAUUGAAAUGCAUGGAAUUAAUUUGUUAAAUAAAUAUUGAUCUUUUACGCUCAUAUUUUAGUCUCAUAU